UACCAUGACAGGACAAAGUAUGAGCAGGUAUAAAAACAGCUCAAGUCGAUGAAUACAUCUCAGUCGCUGACAGAAACCGAGACAAACAAAUCAGCCAGGCUGCAUUACUGAACAGAACAAUGAAGUUAUUGGCCUUGGCUUUAUCCAUCGCCCUGCUGUUUACAGCUGGUGAAGCCCUGAACUGUCACCACUGUGUCUCCAGAACGGCCGGUGGAGACUGUGAGCUCUCUGUAGAGACUUGUAGAACAGGGAAGGAUGCCUGUGCUGCUGCCAAGUUCCUCAGAGAACCAUAUGGCCAGUACCAGAAAUGCAUGGCCAUGUCAGACUGCGAAAUGCUGAAACGUAAUGCCUACAUCGAUAUGAAGUGUUGUAGCGAUGACAUGUGCAACACCUUUUAAAAUGUGGUAUAAAAAUAAGAGAACAAUGUAUUGGGAGUAUGUUUGAGCAAGGAAUACGUCCCUCAGCAACUGCAGACUGCAGCUGCUGCAUCUUCCAGAAGCACAUGUAUGAAUUCAGAACAGCUAGUUAAAAAAGAAGGGAAAAAAAACACUAAACCCCACUGAUCCCAAAUAAAGGAAUUUGAAAAAGA